UCUUCUUCUGUGGUGUGCAGCGAGUCAGCGUGUCGUUUCUACAGCCAUCAGAUGAAGGGGAAGCACCUGGCCAUCAAGAAGAUGAACGAGAUCCAGAAGAACAUUGAUGGCUGGGAGGGGAAGGACAUUGGCCAGUGCUGCAAUGAGUUCAUUAUGGAAGGCACUCUGACCCGUGUCGGUGCCAAACACGAGCGCCACAUCUUCCUCUUUGAUGGCCUGAUGAUCUGCUGCAAGUCUAACCACGGCCCUCCGCGGCUUCCCGGGGCUGGCUCCACGGCAGAGUACCGGCUCAAAGAGAAAUUCUUCAUGCGGAAAGUCCAGAUUAAUGACAAGGACGACAAGGAGGGCGAGUACCGGCACGCCUUUGAGAUAAUCCUGAAAGACGGGAACAGUGUUGUGUUUGCAGCCAAGUCUGCAGAGGAGAAGAACGGCUGGAUGGCGGCACUGAUCUCGCUGCAGUAUCGCAGCACGCUGGAGCGCAUGCUGGACUCCGCCAUGCUGCAGGAGGAGAAGGAGGAGCAGAUGAGGCUGCCGGGAGCAGAGGAGUACCGAUUCGCCGAGCCAGACUCGGAGGAGAAUGUGGUGUUUGAAGAGAACGUCCAGUCCAAGUCCGGAAUCCCCAUCAUCAAAGCAGGGACGGUCCUGAAACUGAUCGAGAGGCUCACCUUCCACAUGUACGCAGAUCCAAACUUUGUCCGAACAUUUCUGACCACCUACAGGUCGUUCUGUAAACCUCAGGAGCUGCUGGACCUGCUCAUGGAGAGGUUUGAGAUCCCGGAGCCACGACCCAACGAGGUGGAUCAGAUGGAGGGUGGCGAGCAGCCGCUGAGCGCCGAAGUCAAACGCUUCCGCAAAGAGUUUGUUCAACCGGUCCAGCUCAGAGUACUGAAUGUGUGUCGUCACUGGGUGGAGCAUCACUUCUAUGACUUUGAGAGAGAUUCUUACUUAUUGAGACGACUGGAGGACUUCAUCGCCUCAGUCAGAGGUAAGGCCAUGAGGAAGUGGGUGGAGUCAAUCACUAAGAUCAUCCAGAGGAAGAAGCAGGUUCAGGUGAGCGUUCCCAGUCACAGCAUCACCUUCCAGAACUCGCCUCCUCCAAUCGAGUGGCACAUCUGUAAACCAGGAAACAGCGAGCAGUUCGAUCUCAUGACGCUGCAUCCCAUCGAGAUCGCCCGGCAACUCACUCUGCUCGAGUCCGAAUUCUACAGGGCGGUGCAGCCGUCGGAGCUGGUCGGCAGCGUCUGGACCAAAGAGGAUAAAGAGAUUCACUCUCCAAACCUGCUGAGGAUGAUCCGACACACGACCAACCUCACCCUUUGGUUUGAAAAGUGUAUCGUGGAAACAGAGAACCUGGAGGAGCGAGUGGCUGUUGUUUCCCGAAUCAUUGAGAUCCUGCAAGUUUUUCAGGAACUCAACAACUUUAACGGUGUUCUUGAGGUCGUCAGUGCCAUGAACUCCUCACCUGUCUACAGACUGGACCACACCUUUGAGCAAAUUCCAAGUCGACAGAGAAAAAUCCUUGAGGAAGCUCACGAGCUGAGUGAAGAUCACUACAAGAAAUAUUUAGCCAAACUGCGCUCGAUCAACCCCCCCUGUGUCCCCUUCUUUGGAAUCUACUUGACCAACAUCCUGAAGACAGAGGAGGGAAACCCCGACUUCCUGCGACGUCACGGCAAAGAUCUGAUCAACUUCAGCAAGAGACGGAAAGUGGCUGAAAUCACCGGAGAGAUCCAACAGUACCAGAACCAGCCGUACUGUCUGAGGGUGGAGAACGACACCAGGAAGUUUUUCGAAAACCUGAACCCAAUGGAGGACAUGUCAGAGAAGGACUUUGCUGAUCGUCUGUUCAACAAAUCUCUGGAGAUUGAACCUCGAAACGUUCGAUCGUUACCUCGAUUUGUGAAGAAGUACACGGGUCCUCUGAAGUCUCCUGGGAUCCGUCCCACCUCAGCAAGACCUGGCACCAUGAGACACCCGACCCCGCUGCAGAACGAGCCCAGGAAGAUCAGCUACAGCCGCAUCCCCGACUCCGAUGCAGAGGGGGGGGCCGUCUCUGCCCCCAACUCCCCCCGCACCCCCCUGACUCCGCCCCCUGCCUCCGCCGCCUCCAGCUCCACUGACGUGGGAAGCGUCUUUGAUUCGCCACAGGGUCCCAGCAGCCCCUUCCACUCCAGUAAGACCCGCCCACUGACCAAUCACAGA